GCCCGGCGGCCCGCGGAGGGGGUGUGGUGUCGGGAAGGGGCUCCCGGGCCGCGCCGCCGCGCCCCCCGCGCUGCCCGCCCCGCUGCCCUGGCCCCCGGGGGCCGCGGACGCGGCGCGCCCGCUCAUGGCGUUCCUGAUGAAGAAGAAGAAGUUCAAGUUCCAGACCACCUUCACGCUGGAGGAGCUGACGGCCGUCCCCUUCGUCAACGGCGUGCUCUUCUGCAAGGUCCGGCUGCUGGACGGCGGCGACUUCGUCAGCCUGUCCUCCAGGGAGGAGGUGCAGGAGAACUGCGUGCGCUGGCGGAAACGCUUCACGUUCGUGUGUAAGAUGAGUGCCAACCCCGCCACCGGCCUGCUGGACCCCUGCGUGUUCCGGGUGUCCGUGCGCAAGGAGCUGAAAGGCGGGAAGGCGUACUCCAAGCUGGGCUUCGCGGACCUGAACCUGGCAGAGUUCGCGGGCGCGGGCUGCACGGUGCGCUGCUGCCUGCUGGAGGGCUACGACACCAAGAACACGCGGCAGGACAACUCCAUCCUCAAGGUCACCAUCGGCAUGUUCCUGCUCUCGGGGGACCCCUGCUUCAAGACGCCACCGUCCACUGCCAAGUCCAUCUCCAUCCCGGGCCAGGACGCCUCGCUGCAGCUGACGUGCAAGGGGGGCGGCACCAGCUCCCUGACGGGCUCCCGGCCCCCCAAGGCCCGGCCCACCGUCCUCAGCUCAGGGGUGCCGGAGGAGCCAGACCAGAACCUGUCCAGCCCGGAGGAGGUGUUCCACUCCGGCCACUCCCGAAGCUCCAGCUACGCCAGCCAGCAGUCCAAGAUCUCCGGCUGCAGCGCCGAGCACUCACACUCCUCCAGCCUGUCGGACCUGACGCACCGCCGCAACACCUCCACCAGCAGCAGCGCCUCCGGCGGCCCGGGCGCCCCCGCUGACGCCCCCGAGGGGGAGCGCGAGCACCGGCCCCCCGAGAAGCCGCCCCGGCCCCCGAGGCCCCCACAUCUGUCCGACCGCUCCUUUCGGAGGAAGAAGGACUCGUCGGUGGAGAGCCACCCCCCGUGGGUGGACGACACGCGCAUCGACGCGGACGACAUCGUGGACAAGAUCAUGCAGAGCCAGGACUUCACGGAGGGCAGCAACACGGAGGACAGCAACCUGCGUCUCUUCGUGAGCCGGGACGGCUCCACCACGCUCAGCGGCAUCCAGCUGGCCAACAGGGUCUCCUCCGGGGUCUACGAGCCCGUCGUGAUCGAAAGCCAUUGAAGAGUGGGCGUCGGGACCCGUGGCCUGCCACGAGGGUCCUGCCUCGCCGGAUGCCCACCCGCCGCAUCUCAUCCGUGCCUCUCCCACACUCCUGCCCCCAGCAUCAUUCCGCCGUCCUCGGACCCUCCUGGGCCAGCGGCCCGGGCGCCACUGUGAAUAUUCUCCUCUGAACCACUAGAGGGCAGGGCACGGCCCCCAGGGUCAGGCGGGCAGGACAGAGGCCAGCUCAGCCUCACUGGACACUGGCCCGGCCCUCCGCAGGACACGCAGCAGCUUCUGUGGACUCAGACUCUUGUGGCCAUGGGGUCUACUCGCCCGAGCCCCCCGCCUGGAGCACUGGGCAGCAGGGCCUCACUCCACUGACCAUUUGCCCUUGGGGGAACAGUCUAGCCCCAGUGUCCUGCCCCCGUCCGUGACCCUCCGCUUAGUGCUUCAGCCGCCCUUUCCCUGUGUCCCGGGGGACCCGCUGGCGGCCUCUUCCUGGGAGCCAAGACCUCAGACCCCCGCCCCACCCCUGCUCCAGACCCCCCCUCCCUCUGCUGCCCUGGCAGCCCGCACUUUGCACACGCUUGUCCCCAGCACCGCCCUGGCCCGCGCCCGCCCGCCCUCUCCGGAACCGGAACCGGCACCGGCCCUGCGUCCCGGGCCUGCCGCCUGCGGUGCGGUCGGCAGCCCGGCUGGAAUUGGCGUCUCCUCCCGCGGGCUGAGGAAGGGGACAGGGCCGCCUCUGCCCAGGGCUGGGUCCUGCGCAGCUGGUGUCCGGGGAGGCCAGGGCACGUGCCCCCCCCCACUCCCCUCGGGGCCCCCCAGGCUGGGAAGGGGCCGAGGCCCUCUGGAUGCAUCUCAGCCAUGACACGGGAGGCGGGGCCCUUCCAGGGGGCUUCCCUGCCCCGCUGCCCUCUGCUUGCCGCACUUUCCCCUCCUUUGCUUGAAGGUGGGCCCUGACCGCUAGCCCGGCCCUGGACAGACCCCCGCCUCCUCAGUCUUACUCUAGAAACCCAGCAGGCUGGAAAACCAUUUUCUUCCCUUCCCCCCCUUUUUUUUUUGGUUUUGUGUUUUUGACUUCACAGUUCGGUGUUGUCUCCUCCCGACGAGAGGAUGUGGUUCUGGCCUCCCUGCUGGCUGGCUGGCUCCCAGCGGGGCUGGGGGUCUGGGGCCCGGUAUUGGCGCUCUCUGUGGUGGGGGCGGCCAGGCGACCCUCCCCAGGCUGGGAGGGGUCCUGGAGCCUCGAGGGCUUGUGUCGCCGUCAUCAAUGUUUUUAAUCGCCUAACUCUUCUAGAAGGUGAAUGUUCGAAGGUGCCUGCCCAGGCCAGUCGGAGCAUUUGUUCUGGCCGGAGAAGGCUCUGGUCAGCUCUUGGGGGGUCUCCGAUCCUGCAGACCCCUGACAUUUUGCAGGGGAGCUGACCGCAGUUGUUCAGUGGAAGUGACCCCCGGGGGGGAGGGGUGAACUCAGCCUGGCGGGAAGGUGCGGUCAGGGUGACCUUGGCUUCCCAGAGUCCGGGGCCUGUGUGCACGGUCCACCUGGUGCUGGUGCUGUUUGGGUCCCCCAAACCGGGACCCCUGAGCCGAAGCUUAGCUGCUCCCCUAAGAGAUGAGCUUCCCCACCCCCCACCCCUCGCCCUGGGCCAGGGUCACUGAACUGAGAAUUGAGCCACAACCAAAUUAAGGCUGGCUGGAGCCCCAGCCCCCUCCCCAGGCGUGACUCGGCGUCUUCCCGCCGGGCGCCCCCAGCUCCUGGACUUAAAGUUCUAUAGAGACAAGAGACUAUAUUAGAGAUAUUUUUGGAAAGGAAUUGGUCUAUGCAAUGUCAGUUUGGAAUCUUCUCGAAAGACAGUUUAACGUUUUUACUAGGAGAUUUAAAGAAAAUAAAGGUCUACGAUAUUUUUUAGGUGUUUUUUUGUUGUUGUUUGGUUUUUUUUUUUAAUUGGUCACCCCACAAAUGGACCACAGGGCUGGAUCUACCAGGAUGGAGAAGCCCCUCUCCAGCUGGGGGGGGCGCUGCGGGGAGGCCUUUCUAUUUUGUUGUGUCGCCCUCCUCUUCCCAAUAUCAUCAUCACCCUCAAAUCAGCGGGCACUCCGUGUCUCUCUGUCCCGGCUUCUGUCGUAGAAAUUACGCCCCCCGGGACACAGCCGGGCAUCUUGGUGUGGGGGAUUAAAUGUUGCCCUUUUGAUUUUUA